CCUUGUAUUACGACUACAAAUACGACUCGCUGUUUCACCUUCUCUCCACUCUCCGCUGCGUUCCAUAACACAUAAUUUUGCUUGCCGCCGGUUACCUACUCACCGCCGCGCCGCUCCUCCUUCUCCACCGUGCAUUCCAAAACAUAAGAAUUGCAUUCAUAGCUGUCGGAGAUGGGAUUCAAGAAAGUUUAUAAGGCAUUGCAGGAGAUUUUUCCUGAGGUUGAUUCUCGAAUUCUUAGAGCUGUUGCUAUUGAGCAUUGCAAGGAUGCUGACACGGCUGUCGAGGUGGUCCUUAAUGAAGUUAUCCCCUGCUUGACUAAGCUUCCCUCAACUUCUUCGGAGCAUAGUGGGGUUACCGUCAUAUCAUCUGAAGCUGCAGUAGAUGCUAAUGGGGCUCCACAGCCUGAUGCUUUUCUUCUUCACAAUACAAAAGACUCAGAUGAAAUGCAAAAUGCCUCAUCAUUCUAUGAUGCUGGUUGUGGACAUCAUCAAACAAUUGAAGAUACUGAUGGUGAAUCCCUUCAGAAUUAUCAUGAUGCUGUUGGUGGAGAUCAUGUACCGCUUGAAGUCGAUGGAGGUAGGACACCGGUCUCCAUGGAGAAGUGUGAUAAAAGUAAAGAUGAAGUUACUGCCUACGAACCCUGCCAAGUCAUGCAUGUCAUGUCAAAUGCUGAAGGUGAGGAUAUUGAUGAUGCACACUUGCUAAUUGAAAAUGACAAAUGUGGACUCUCAGCAAGUCCUGAAGCAACUUCUUUCACAGCAAACAAAAACAAUGGAGCUGAAGUUGCUGACAAUCAGCUUUGUCUUCCUACGGAAUGUGUUGUUCUGCAUAAUACCCUUGAAGGAACUGAGAACUCAUCUUCUGAUGAUUCUACUGCACUUAUGCACAAAAGGAUAUAUGAAGAAGUUUCUUCAGUGGACAAUCAGGACAUGAAAGAUCCUGAGAGUCAGGUUGCGCCCUUGAGUGUUCAAACUUUAUGUGGUUCUGAAGAUAGUAUAGAGUUUGUGGUUGCACCAGAUGUGCAUAACUUUGAGCUAGAAAAAACAGAACUCAGUCUUCAUCAAAAAGAAAAAACAGAACUCAGUGAUUCAAUCGAUGCUACAUCUAGUGAAGAUUUGGCGGGUGUAAUUCUUGUAACUAAAGAAGAGUCUAUGCCAAAUUCAGUGGUCACUGCAUCAGGUCAAAUUUGUAGUAUUGACCUUCUUGAGGAUAUGAUGACAGAAGCCAAAAAUAACAAGAAAACACUGUUUUUGGCUGUGGAAUCUAUUAUCUGCUUGAUGAGAGAAGUUGAACUCCAAGAGGAAGCUGCAGAGCAGGCAAAGCUUGAAGCUGCUAAGGGGGGACUGGAUAUGCUUAAGAGGGUAGAGGAUCUGAAAGAAAUGUUACGACAUGCUAAGGAAGCAAAUGAUAUGCAUGCUGGUGAAGUCUAUGGUGAGAAGUCCAUCUUAGCUACUGAAGUUAAAGAGCUUCAAUCUCGCCUGCUCGGCUUGGCAGAUGAAAGGGACAAAUCUCUCGCAGUUCUUGAUGAGAUGCGUCAGACACUUGAGGUGCGAAUGGCUGCUGCUGCGAAAGAAAUGAAAGCUGCUGAGCAAGAAAGAAUAGGCAAGAAAGAGGUUGCACGUAAAGCGCUUGCUGAUCAGGAAAUCAUUAUGGCAAAAGUUGUGCAAGAGGCAAAUGUUCUGAAGCAAGAAGCAGAAGAAAAUGCUAAGUUGAGGGAUUUCCUGGUGGAUCGGGGACGUGUUGUUGAUACGUUGCAAGGUGAAAUCUCUGUCAUAUGCCAAGAUGUGAGGUUGUUGAAAGAGAAAUUUGAUGAUCGUGUUCCUCUUUGCAAAUCUUUAUGUUCCGAGCAGACCAGCUGUAUCUUAGCGUCAUCAAGUUCAUCUUCGAAGAGUAUGAUAUCAGAUGAGGCUGCAGAUUUGUUGCAUGCUCCAGAAAAGAUGGAUAGAGUGUCUUGUCAUGAGGAGGAGCACAAGGCAUCUGAAGAUGUUAAGUCAGUGAUCCAUAACACGGAUCUUGUGGAUGAUGGAUGGGAAAUCUUUGACAACCGCGAGCUAUACAUGUGAAUCAAGUGGGUGUAGAGAAAAAUCAUUGACUGGUUGCUUUAGUUCGAAGAUAUGUCUCAUCUUUUAAAUAAGUUUCUUGGUAGAAACAAACAUGUUUAGAAUUCCAGUUUGUUAUGCUCAUUUUGCAAUGUUAAUUGAGAGCUAUUUCAAAGUAGUAGUAUCCUAUCCUGGUAUAGAAGUAUUUGUACAGAACAAGUAUAUAAAUAGCAGCUUAUCAUCUAUAGUAUAGAGAAGUGCAAUCA